AGACAAUACACGCAAUGAGGUGACUGAGAGAGCUAUCCUAAAUACUAGUCGAGCUUGCAUAAUCAUGGCGAAGUCCAAGAAACCCCAAGCGGAGCAACAACCUGCUCAAACCACCCCAUUCGCAGCCAAAUCCACCUCGGUCGACCCUGCACUUGCCUCGCUGUUUGCUUCAAGUUCUGGUCCUAUCACAGUCCCUGCAAGGAUACCACAGCCAGUCAAGCCUGCGGCCUCCACUGUGCAGACCAUUAACGCUGACGAGACCUCCUCUGGGAGCGACGCCGAGGACUCAGAUAUCCCUUCUAAAGCGGGAAAAGGGAACGGGGCUGCUGCGCCGGUUGACGAAGAGACGGUGGAGCGACCUCGAAAACGGCGGCGCAAAAGUAAUAAGGAUGAUUUAGAAGAGCAAUACUUCCAGCGUCUUGAGCGUGAGGAAGAGAAGGAACAUGCACAGAAGCAGGCAGAAACUGGCAUUGAGGUGGAGAGCUCUGGUGAUGUGGACUCGUUACACUCCGAUCUUGAGGACAUCUCUGAAGACGAAACUGCACUGGCCGCCCCAAAUGUCCCUCGACAUGAGACGCAAGAACAGAAAUCAAGCAAUGAAGCCCGGGUCGACCUGACCGUGUUCCUGGGAAAUGUAUCGACGGCAGCAAUCAAGUCCACCAAAGCGAAGAGAGCCCUGAUGAAACACCUGCAGUCAGUGUUGAAAGAAGCACCUGACGGCCAAACACCGGAAAAGCUAGAGUCAAUACGGUUCAGGUCGACUGCCUAUGAAAGUGGUUCCGGACCAAAGAAGGCUACCUACGCUAAGAAGGAAUUGAUGGACGAAACGACUGUCAGCACCAAUGCCUACGCUGUCUUUAGCACGGAAGAGGCUGCGAAGCGUGUAGCCAAGACAUUGAAUGGCAGUGUUGUCCUUGACCGCCAUCUAAGAGCGGACUCUCUAGGCCAACCAUCAAAGGUCGAUCACAAGCGGUGUGUCUUCAUUGGAAAUUUGAGCUUUGUGAAUAAGGAGACAAAACCUGAGGGCGAGGAUGGAGAGCAACGCCGACCAACGGCCAAGGAGCCUGCAGACGCAGAAGAAGGGCUAUGGCGAGUUUUCGGAAAAAUCGGAAAGGUCGAAAGUGUUCGCGUGGUCAGAGAUCAGGAAACACGGAUCAGCAAGGGCUUUGCCUAUGUCCAAUUCGAGAGUGAAAACAGCGUUGAAGCUGCGCUUUUGAUGAACGACAAGAAGUUUCCGCCAAUGCUGCCGAGGAAGUUGCGAGUAAUGCGAGCAAAGAAGGUGAAACAGUCAGGCCCACCGAAGGGUAGGCCGGUCGACAAAGGUCUAACACGGAAAAGGAGCGGCGCUUUUGGCAGCAGGAAGAAUGCCCUCGAGAAUGGUCUCAAGAAGGCAGCGUUCGUUUUUGAAGGACACCGAGCGAGCAGCGCUAACAAAUUUGCGCUCUCAAAGAAGAAGAAAAAUAAAAAGCGACCAGACAACCGAAGCAGCCGUCGAGGAGCCGCAUUCAAGGCCACAGGUGGGAAGCGCAAGCGAGAUGCAUAGUAGAUGCGUCAAACAUUUUAUCUCAGGUAUUCGGUGUAUGAAAGGUCCCAAGAUUGGACAAUUGACGAAGGACAGAGUCAGCGAGUAGCAUCCAAAUAUACUGUCAGCCAAUGA